GCCUGGAGCUUUGGAUUACCAUUCGAGUGGCAUUACUGUAAUGCCACUGCCUCCCAAAUGCUUUGCCUUUUUAUCUUUCCUGUCAAAGUGAAAAAUUUCAUAUACACAAUUGCUAGAGGUGGAAGGCUAUGGAUCUUCAUCCAACUCAUCUGCAGUUCUAAAACUGAUGGCUGAGGAUUAUCAGACUGCUAUUUUGUUGUUUGAGAUGGAAAGUUGAGUGCUGUCGGGGUCAGUUUUUAAAAACCUAUCCAGCCUAACUGAGUCAGAUAAUGAGAAAAACGAGCUGAAUGAACCAGAAUUUGCCCAGGAGUGAUGCUGUCGGACCGGUUGAAUGACCCAUGUCCCAACAUAGUCAUGAAGUGUGAAACAGACCCUUUGGUCCAACUAGUCCAUGCCAACUAUAUUCCCAAAAUUCUGUAUAGCAAGAAAUACAGAAGAAUACAAGAGGGCCCGUGCUUUCAACUGUUUCCUUACUGGUUCCAUCAGACUGGAAAACAGAUAAUAACUUCGUAUUCAAGAAGGGGAGAGGGGUGGAAGACAAACUGUAGAUCAGUUAACUUGACGUCUGCCAUGGAAAGAUGUUCAAAACAUUCAUUAAAGAGGUCAUACUUGGAUACUUACAAAAGCUCAAGAUCCGCUCAGUGGAGAUAUGGCGCAGAUUGGAAUCGAUAUGAUGAGAUGUAUGAAAAAAUGCAUUGUUGAGGAAUUUUAAUAGAAGGCGUAUGCAUGAGUCAUUCGAGUUUAAGUUGCUCUUUCCAGAUCUCACGACCUGGUCUUAAGUUUUCUUUUAACUGAACGACUGGAUUGAUUUUGUGGGCAAACCGAAACUACCUAAAUAAUCUGAGAAACAAUGUGGGCGAAGUUCGUGCUAAUUUUAUGUCACCAUUUUAUUCUUUCCUUGGCAACUAAUAGCCCGGCUCCGCACGGAACAGAGCAAAGUAGUUUUGCAACUACAUUUCUGCCAGAAAAUUCGUCUACCACUUUUAGCACCCACACGUCUCUCACCACAAACUUACAAAACGCAACAGCAACCAGUCCAAUAACAGAUGUACAAACAUACCCUCUAUCUUCCUCCGCUCCGAUUGCCUUGACAAACACAAGUCACGUGACGAGCACGGUAGUUGAUAACUCAUCAUUAAACACCACUUCUCAACGCUUCUCCCCACAGCUUAGCACUACAACCGUAUUACCGACAGCAGCUCCCAAUAUCACUUUGAAUAGUUCAGACAUAGCGACCAGUUAUUCACUUAUAACAAGUAGCUCAUCUCAGACUGAUAAUACAACUGAUGUAAAUAGUACAAUAUACAGUCCUAGGACAAAUAACAUGACCCACACGACUUCACUUUAUCCUGUUGACACCAACAGUUCUUUCACAAGUUUGGAAGCAACCUCUCUUCCAAAUAGUACACAGCAUAAAGAGUUCACCACGAUGAAAGUCUCUACUAUCACCUUUACAACACCAGAUGCUUUCACCACCAUUCUGUCAUCUUCAAACCCAACCUCUUUGCCAAACACCAGUACCAUGACCAACAACACAGAACGUCAGGAUAGAAUUGAGUCUCCAAGCAAAGCAGGAACAGCUAUAACUGUUAUAGCAUGCUUGCUUGUUGUCUUCGCUAUAGUCGGGUUGGUGAUAUAUUUAAAGAAACGGAGAGUGUUCUAUAGCCGCCUAGAGGAAGACUACACAACUGGAUCUUGGAGCAAUUACAACAAUCCUGUGUUUGAAGAUUUAUGACAGCAGUCUUUUAAAUCGUUACCUUUAUGUACAUGAGGGAUUAAGCCACAAAUGUAUAUAAAGCAUUUCCUUGAAAACAAUAUCAAAUUCAGAAUGCUGGAAAACAAGGUGAAAUUAGUCUUAGGUGCUGUCAAAAAUUGGCAAAUGUAAUGCAGUAACCAAUUUUACAACUCAUUCAAUUUCUUUUCCCGGUUAGCUGUUUUGAGUUACUCCCCAAGUCCAAUUUUGCACUCUAGUGCUCAAUGGCUUUUUUUCAACUCAAGGGAUCUAUUCGAGGUUUUUGCCCCACAAUUUUUAACUUGACAGCAUCAAUAGCACUUGAUCAAGCUAUUAAAUUACUGUGGUAUAUAGCAACUGCAACCUGAGCUAAUGUUUUAUAUGUUUUAUAUUGCAGACUUGUCUUUGCAAAUCUUGUCAACAUUUUGUUUAAACUUGCUUAAGAUAGAUGUUGGCUGCAUAGUUAAAAUGUACUUUAUUUUCUGCUGAUCUAAAUAAUGUUAAUAUUCAAGCUUUGCUAUUAUAACUACCCCAUAUAGUUAUUGAUACAUACCUACAACAAAUUUGACUGGAAUAUGACUAGCAUGUCGAAAAGUAGCUUCUGGCCCUAACAGGAAUCUUUUGUGUUAUAGUAGUCAACUGAGGUAUCAAAGAUACAACUGAAAAGAUAAACACUUUGUGGCCAACCUCGGAUGCCCAGUAUUUACCACAAAGUUUAUUUAAAUAGAGGGACCUUGAUUUCAUGUUGACUUGACUUAACUUAUUAUUGAUGCAUGAUUGUAACAUUGGUCAAGUUACCUUAGAUUUGACCUAGAAUAGUUAAAGUAGAUUUCAGACUACGGCAAAAGCUAUUUUUGAAUAAAGCUAAAGUCCUUAAUGAAUGAAAAUACCUCAACCAAGACACAUUAUUAAACUGUAAAAACGAUCAGGAAAAAGAUGUAGACGUUUUGAUUAUUUAUUUAUGCAGAAAAGGGACACAUGAUAAUGCUUCCUGUCAAGCAUUGUGAAUAAUCAUAACCUGUCCUACCUUUUCUAGAUUGCCUGUGCAAUAUGAAGAAGGAAGAUAGUUGGUGUUUUUACUGUGGAGAAUGCCAAAUAUGACUUUGUAUCUAUGAUGUCGUGAUUGGGCGCAUUGCUUGCUUCAGAAUUUUAGGGAAUCUCAAAUUAUAUUCCAAUUUGUAUCUAGUGUAAAAAUAAAACACACGGUUAAUGGUGGUUUUGAGACUUUUAUCCAGUAAGGCAUUACAUGUAAUAAUGGUUGAAUGUUAUCUAUUAACUUAGAUUUGAUCAUGUUAUUAUCCAUUUUCCUGAGAUUAUUGCUCAGAUAGACCCAGUACAUUUUGAAUGAUUAUUUUGGAACAAUGUUGGCACAGGUUCAGAUUUUAUUUUGCCCUACACUUGUCAGCCAAACAUGGAAGAAGAACAAUCUACUUUUUUGCUCAAGAAUCUAACAAUUCUACCUUAUCUUAGUUGACCGUUGGUGCUUAACAUGAACUGGUGAGAUAAGGGAUCAACAGACAAAUCUAUUUAUUCCUCUAUACCUGCUGGAAAGAUAGGAACAGAAUAGAUUUUGCUCCCCAGGUGUAAAAAGUAAACAAUUUCUUAAUUGUUUCUGGAGACGGUAAGAUCCAUAGAUGCUGCAGUCUGAGAUAACAAGAUGUGGAGCAGGAGGAACACAGCAGGACAGGCAGCAUCAGAGGAGCAGGAAAGUUGACAUUUCGGGUUGGGACCCUUCUUUAGAAAUAGGGAGGAGGAAGACAUCUCAGAAAUAACUAGAGAGAGAAGGGGGUGGGGCUGGGCAAGGUAGGUGGGACUGUUGAUAGGCAUUACAAAUAUUGUUUGUAUAUUAUUUUACACACUGGCUUAGCUUGGCAACCUACCGAUGGUUAGACCAAGCCAUUUUCCAAGAAGAAUAUAAUUGUAGUUUUGAAUAAUGACAAAGCAGUUACACAUGGUUCUUUGUGAAUAAAAUUACAAAUCUAAUAAUUAUAAGGAAAUUGCUAAACAAUAUUGUUAAUGUUCAACAAUGAAAAUUUUAUUUUAUUUAUUAAAGAUGAUUGUACCCUAAAAUUUUUAAUGUAAUUUUUCAAUAAGCAGCCUAAAAUUCCAAUUAUUUUCCAAUUUCUGGCCCCCAAAUGAGAAUUUUGAUUGGCCAAGGUUUUUAGUUGCUUUGUAAGCAAAUAAGUUCAGUGUUCUUCCCAGUAGGCUAGUUCCCAUAUGAUAGUGAUGGGCAAGCAAUCAGGCAGCAUGCAUUUCUUUAUGCCCAUUGAGGCCCUGAAAUGGCCAAAUAGUAGACUUAUAAGGGGUCUUUCCACCUCUGCAGCAAUUUUAUGUGUGCCAAGUAAAAGGCAGAGCAAGUCAGGUAGCCUGACAGCUUUCACUGCAUGUGUUGCUAUCAGGAAACUAAGAACGGGAACCAUCUGGGGGAGAGUACCCUAUGCCGACCACAGGAACAUCCUGCCCAAAAACUGUACCACACUCUCUCUGCCGAUUCAUCAACCCUGACACCACAAUUCUCUUUUCCCCACCUCACCACUGUCUGCCCACUCGGUCCACCCAAAAUCCCAGAUUUACCUUUUUCUGAGUCUGGACUCCUUGAUUACCCCUUGGGAACUGACUGUUGUUUCAGCAAUGGCUGCCACACCAUUCUGGUACUGCUGGGAAUACAGAAGUGUUGGCCAAGCUGGCUGACAGUUCUCAAUGAUGGGACCUCCUCCAAACUGGAACAAGAAUACCCAUUCUGAAACAACUAAACCAGCUUCUGGUCAAAGGGGCUUCAGGUGAGUAGGCUGACUAUAAAUUUUGCAUUUGGUCGGGGUGUUGGGGGAUGAAUUUGGAAACGUGGAACACCACACUAUCCAGCGCUACAAGGGAGCAUACAUGUCAUUGACAAUUCACCUUCCAACUAAUUGUCAUUACUGUGUGAUUAUGUAUAUCUAUUUGUAAGAACAAUAAAUUCUUCCUGAAAAGUGGAUAUCGAAUCUCGCAAAGUGGAUUUUGGACUUCAUAGGUGUUUCCCGGUUUAUUCAGUAUGGCCAAGACGCCAAACAGGGUGAUAUGUCAUCACAACACGAAUCACAAAGGGUAAUAUUAAGAAUUCAAUGCCUCUGAGAAAAACAGACACUGGAAGGACACCAUAUGAAAUCCCAGCAUAACUGACAGUGUUUCUGCAUAGUUAACAUAGCAAAUAUUUUGUUUCAUUUGUGAUAACAGCUUUGAGAGAUAUUAUUUUCUCAAAUCUCCAAGAACAAUUUGAAGAGACACCAUUAGAGACAGAUUUUUCAAUGGGGAGACUGCUUUAUUUAAUCAUGUUACCAAGGGCCACAAACUGCAGUGACACAAAAGCAAAAUGAAGGAUCCUCAAAAAGCAUUCCUUCUAGUUUUCUUACUGGCUGCAUGGGUCUGUAAAGCCCCUAUGUGGCAGCAACUUUCGGAAUGGGAAGUCAAUGUAGCAUUUGGCGAACCAAUGUUGAUUGUUUUGCACAGAACAUUGGAAUGGUUACAAUGCACACAACCAUGCAGCUUAGAGUGAAGGCUGCCUUCCACUUUCUGUCAAUACCUGUUUGGUUCGUUCACCUGAAGGAGAAAUAUCCAACUGUGGAACUACAAAAGCCAUCACAGCUGCUGAAUCCAGUUUUUAAACACCUUCACGUCAGAAAGUGACAUCUUCAAGCAAGCAACAGACCUGCAAUGACAAAUGAAUGAUGCUACUUUCAUCCUUAUAAGUAGCUUUUUUUCUCUGUACCUACUUUUAAUCUUUGUAUCCCUGUGUUUUAG